CAGUUAGCAGCGAGCCUCCGAAGCAGCAGCAGCUGAACUGAUCGAUUCUCUCUGUUCGCUGCAGUUUUAUUGAGCCGUAAAAAAGAAAAAAAACAAACAACAGUUUGGACUCUGACUCAAAGGGCGAUGUUGUCGGUGUGUGUCAGGUCAGCCCUCAACUCAUACAGGGGCUUGUGGCUGUCCACUCAGGUUGCGGUCAGAGCCAUGUCGUCGUCCGGUGGUCCCACGUCUCCGUACAGCACCCUGGCCAUCAGCCGGCCUGCAGAGUCCGUCACACAUGUGGAGCUGAACCGGCCUGACAAGCGCAACGCCAUGAACAGAGCCUUCUGGAGAGAGAUGGUGGAGUGUUUCACGGAGAUCGCUGAGGAUCCCGACUGCAGAGUGGUGGUGUUCUCUGGAGCGGGAAAGAUCUUCUCAGCUGGUCUCGACCUGAUGGACAUGGCCGACAACCUGCUCCAGCCCGAAGGCGACGACACGGCCAGGAUUUCCUGGAACGUGAAGAAACUGAUCACCCAGUACCAGGAGACGUUCUCCGCCAUAGAGAAGUGUCCAAAGCCCGUCCUGGUGGCCAUCCACGGAGCCUGUGUUGGAGGAGGUGUGGAUCUGAUAACAGCCUGCGACAUUCGCCUGUGCACUCAGGACGCCUGGUUCCAGGUUAAGGAGGUGGAUAUCGGAAUGGCAGCAGAUGUCGGAACUCUACAGAGACUUCCUAAAGUCAUCGGCAGCCGCAGUCUAGUGAACGAGCUGGCUUUGACUGGCAGGAAGCUGUACGCCGAUGAGGCUAAGAGCAGCGGACUGGUCAGCCGAGUGUUUCCAGAUAAGGAGGCCAUGAUGGCGGGAGCCCUGGAGAUGGCCGGAGAGAUCGCCGCUCGCAGCCCCGUGGCCAUUCAGGGCACCAAAAUAAACCUGGUCUACUCCAGAGACCACAGCGUGGCAGAAGGACUGCACCACAUGGUGAGGAUUCAUUCAUCUUUGACCAGAUUGGCGAUGACGUGCACUGAAACCACCUCGUUAGUGUCAUAA